AUGGCCUCUCCACAGCAGAUCCGCACCACGACCACCGACCUCCUCAGGAUCAACCACCCGAUCAUGCUCGCAGGCAUGAACGUGGCGGCCGGUCCGAAGCUCGCGGCAGCCGUCAGUGAUGCAGGAGGUAUUGGUGUGAUCGGUGGUGUUGGCUACACACCAGACAUGCUCCGCGAGCAGAUUGCCGAGCUCAAGGGCUACUUGAAGGACAAGAGUGCGCCAUUCGGUGUCGAUCUCCUGCUUCCACAAGUCGGUGCUGGUGCCAGGAAGACGAACUACGACUACACCAAGGGAAAGCUCGAUGAACUCGUCAGCAUAAUCAUCGACUCUGGCGCCAAGAUGUUCGUCUCCGCCGUCGGUGUGCCACCAAAACAUGUCGUCGACCGCCUUCACGGCGCCGGAAUCUUCUACAUGAACAUGAUUGGCCACCCAAAGCACGUAAAGAAGUGUCUGGAGCUCGGCGCCGACUUGAUCUGUGCCCAAGGAGGUGAGGGAGGAGGCCACACCGGCGAUGUGCCCACCACCGUCCUCAUCCCUGCCGUCGCAGCUUUGUGUCGCGGGAAGACGAGCCCGAUGACUGGCAAACCUGUGCAGGUCGUCGCAGCAGGCGGUAUCUUCAACGGCCAAUCCCUGGCAGCCUCCCUAGCCCUCGGGGCCACGGCCGUUUGGGUGGGAACCCGCUUCGUGUUAUCCGAAGAAGCCGGUGCCCCGAAAGCGCACCAAGAAGCAGUCCGCACCGCCGGCUUCGACGACAAUGUCCGCACAAUCAUCUUCACUGGCCGCCCACUUCGCGUACGACGAAACCCAUACAUUGAUAACUGGGAGGAGAACCGACAGAACGAUAUCAAGGAGCUGACUGGUAGGGGUAGAAUCCCCGUCGAGGCGGACUUGGAGAGGAUGGGUGACGACAUUGAUGACGAGACGAUGGACAACGCCCGACCAUUCUUGAUGGGCAAAGUCGCGGCUGUUGUAAAUGAGAGGCAGAGUGCGAAGGUAAUCAUUGAUGACAUGGUCAGGGAUGCUGUUGAGGUGAUUGCGAAGAGCAGCAGUGCUGUUAUUGGGAAGAGUAAGCUAUGA